AUAAGUUACUCUACUUCUUCUAUAUAAACGGUAAUAAAUCGCAGCGCGUAAACCACAUGGCAGAGCAGCCGCUACAACCCAAAAGUGACCCCGCGCGGAUAUCCGCCCUGCCGCUUCGGCGGCUUUCCACCCCACUUCUUCUACUCAUCUCUUCCAACACCGCGGCAUAUUCUACAAAAUAAUUAUACAAUCCCUCUCUCCAUUCUUUACCAGCCCUGAUAAAACAAGACCAAAGCGAAUCAACCCACAAAGAGGAUCAGAAAGACUGAUUAAAAUGAGACCCGACAAGCCCCGGGAUCCCGUCGCUGGGCCUGAUAGUGGCCCAGAGCCGCCAUUUCCUAUCCGACUAUCGGGGCCAGUCAUCAAGGGAUUCGGAAGGGGCAGUAAGGAGCUCGGCAUCCCCACCGCCAACAUUCCCCCCGACGGUCUCUCCGCCUACCCAGACCUCCAGACAGGAGUCUAUUAUGGCGUCGUGGCUCUCGACCCAGCAAAGUUCAUCUACGACAAGAACGAAUCGACCGCGCAUACCGUGGCUGAUACGACUGCAACUUCAACUUCAACGAAGCAAGAACAAGAACAAAAACAAGCUACUAUCCUCCCUGCUGUUUUGAGUAUUGGGUAUAAUCCAUUCUAUAAGAAUACCGUACGGAGUGUGGAAAUCCACAUAAUGUCUCCCCCCACCACCACCUCCUCAACCACACCAACAACAACAAACACAAACACUACAUCCAACAACUUCAACAAACUACCCGACUUCUACUCUACCAAACUCAACCUUCUUAUCCUAGGCUACAUCAGACCUGAAUACGACUACGUCUCCCUAGAGGCUUUGAUCGAUGAUAUUCGAACGGAUUGCGAAGUCGCUAAGAAGAGUCUUGCUAGGGAGGCGUAUGUGGGGUAUUUGGAAGAUGGAAGGGAGGAAAGUGAGAAGGUGAAGGAGGAGAAGAAGUGGUUGAGGAGUUUUUCUCAAUAGAUAGAGAUAGAGAUUGUGGUUUGGUUUGGUUUGGUUUUUUGGUUUAUGAGAUGGAUAGAUUUAGAGAUAGAUGGAUGGAUGAAAUAACUAGAGCGUGGUCUGCUAUUAUCAUUAUUAUUAUACAGGAACAUUAUAAAUCUCGAUUAUUAUUUGUUUUCCUUAAUAGGAAAAAGCAAAAAGGAUCUAUCAGGAAUAAUUAUCACAAUCACGAUGCCUAUAUGCAUAAGAAGUCAUUAUCAAAAGCAAAAUAGAUAGGACUUCUAGUUGAUAGAAACCACGAUGGAAUUAUCAAAAU